CGCCCUCUCCGGAGACAGGAAGUGUGUACCAUUCCACAUCAUUGGCGGAGUCCGUCAUAUCUGGUGUUAUAGAAAAUCUUUGACUAACAUCACCAACGCCCAGAAAACCGUGACAAUAUCCAGGAAAUGCACCGAGCUGCUGCGAGAACACGAGCCGCCUGUUUCCGUUAGUCCGCCCGGCGCAGCAGCAGUCCCAGUGCGGUGGUCGUGAUUUCUGCGGGAGUGAACGAGCCCGGUUCUUCUCAGUCAGAGCCGAACUCUCAUGGUCGAUAUCAGUUAAACCUCACAGCUGCUUUGUCUGGACGGAACAACCAGGUUUUAAUUUACUUCGACUGCUCUGUGUCUCUGAAACAAACAAAUAAAUAAAAAUGGCAACCCAGAUCGAUAAGGAGGCUUGCAGAGAGGCGUACAACCAAGUGAGAGACGACAACACGGACGCCAACUGGGCUGCAUUCAAAUAUGAAGGCUCCAGGAUUGUGCCUGCAGGACAAGGGGCCGACUAUGAGGACUUCAAGAGCAUGUGCACAGAUGACGCCCGUCUGUUUGGCUUCGUCCGGAUCACAACGGGUGACGCCAUGAGCAAACGAGCCAAGUUCACUCUCAUCACCUGGAUCGGCGAGAACAUCAGCGGGCUGCAGCGUGCCAAGAUCAGCACCGACAAGGCGAUGGUCAAAGAGAUCGUGCAGAAUUUUGCCAAGGAGUUCAUGUUUAGCGACCCGAGGGAACUGGACGAAGACAACAUCCGUAUGGAGCUGAAGAAGGCGGGUGGAGCCAAUUACGACGCUCAGGCCGAGUAGAGAAGCACAGAUGUCCACGGGAAGGGUUUGGGGGGGGGGGGGUUAAGUAAUGGGGUUGGGUCUAGUCUGGGUUGGGUUGGAAUAGGUGGGUGGUGGGGAGUAUUGGGGCAGGGCUGCUACCUCUGUUGGGAGAGCGAGGCGGGACGGAGAGGGCGCUCGAUGAAAGGGAAAUGCAUGCAACGCACACACACAAACACAUUUUCCUUCAAAGUGAGUUCCGGCAAAAAGAAUUUGCUCAUUUGCAAGACAAACAAAUUCGGGGUGCCCCAGGAGCAGCUCGUAGGAAAAGUAGAAGUGUUUCAAGUACUAACCAAACACUGUUUAUACUGCGGCUCAUUGGAAUACAGUGUCUUGUUUUCUUUAGCUUCUCUAGCUGUCAGAUCCUGAUAGUGCAGAUGCUGCUGGUGCACCUCUGAAUCCAUAACAUCUGCAUGAGGUCGCUUAUAUACUCGAUUUUAACAAAGCCUGGGUGAGCUGCAUCGGAUUGUCUCUGGAAGAUUAAAAACGUGAAUCCACAUCUGGGAGAUCUUCUCUGAGACUUCAGACUCGUGGUGACACUCGUGGACGUUUCUCUAUCGUUGAAGGAAUAGUUUGAUAUUUUGUAUCUUUCAAGCUCACUACUUACCAUUUUAUGUCUUGUUUGUUUAGUCACAAAAGUCCAGGAAUAGUCGAUGGUGAUAUUUCACACUUUUUUGUCACCAAUCAAACCAGAUUUAACGUGUUAUUUAAUGAGCUUUAGAUAUGUUAGCACGUAUAUUCGUUUACUUUUUUUCAGUCUAGCAGUUCUGAAAAAUCUCAAACUACUCCUUUAAAGGUUGAUCCAGGGCAACACGAAGUGUCUGCACACGCCGCCGUGUUCACAGCGACGACGUGUUGUUAAAAUGAAGCGUAUAAGCGCUCUUAAAGAUCACAGAAUGCCUUCUCUCCUCUCCGACCCUCUGGCCUCUCCCCAAGUCAGCUCAUGGUUGGUUAUCUACUGUGUUGUGCAUCGUCAUCUCGCGCUCAUCCUCAUCUCAGCUGGGCUACAGUUCAGCAACCGUUUGCUAGGAAUCAUUUCAUGUAAUGAGGACGUGAGAAAACAAAGAAAAACUGAAGGGUUUCACUUCAAAAUCUCGUAUUGUGAUCGUCAUGGAUCAUAUUUUAAGAAUGAGUUUUCUCUUGCACUCUGGCAGGCAUUGUUGGACACCAGAGCGUGCUCUUAGUCAUGAUACACUGUACCCUCCGGGAGGAAAAGAUCUCCAUUUUCUAACAAUAUCCUUGGUGAUGGUUUUUUGCUUGAGUCAUAGGGCUAAGUACACAUUAAGCCACCUCUUCAUCUGCAGCCAGACAGCUGUGUUUGGAUUGCAAAGUCAACCAUUACGUCUUGUGCUGACUGGACUGUAAUUCAGCCUCCUGUCUUCAAAGUCACUCGUUUUGUGCCGUGAAUGUCUUUCAGCGCUCGUCCAAAUGUCUUUUUGGACCUUGUUUCACUGUACUUUUUAGUCAGUUUCUGUUGGAUGUAAUUGAUGUUAGCAGUUUCCCAGAGCUCGGACAGUACACGGUAAAGCAUGCCUGUACAUAUUAUAUUAUAGAAACAACUAAUAUAUUGAUCUCAGCCACCUGCAGUAAAGACUGAAUGUUUCCACAAAGGAUUUUGUGAAUGGAGAUCUUUUCUUCUGGUGUUUCAUCUCACAAUCGAACCCUUAAAGGAAUCCAUGCAUACUAUAACCUUCUGUGUUUGACUGCCUUAGUCUCCCAGGGAGAGAGAGGCAUCAUGGGAGCUUGUGGACACUACACUGUGAUUGGCUAUCCUCCUUACACAUGGGCGGGGCUUUGAUUGGCACGUGGCCCAUCACAACGUGGGUUUAACGGGGCUUAAUCAUCUCGACCCAGGAUGGAGGAGGAGGAGCCAUUUCUCGGUUGUAGCAUCUGUUUAUUUGGUUUCAUCCCUCCUCCCCCUCCCCCCUGCAAAAAAAAAAAUUGGAUUAGUUUUUUUGUUUUUGAGAUGAAUUUUAUUUUCUCUAAUCCUUUUACCUUUGUUUUGUUUUUAUUUGAAUAAAAGAGCGUUGUUAUCUUGAACAUUGGCAGAAGAGAUUUUCCAAAAAACAAAAUGAUGCAAAAAAAAAAGAAGAAGAAACUGAGUGGGCACAAGACGAGUCAUUUCAAAAUAAAAAUUGAUGUUUUUUCCAAAA